AUGAGCAAAGGUUAUUCUACAAACAUUCCUGAGGCGUAUCCCAUUCAAAAGAGCGAGCUUGAAUGGUCCAGUACUUUAACGCCCAUGCAAUUUGAGGUUUUGAGAAAUAAAGCAACUGAGAGAGCAUUCUCUGGGGAAUAUUAUCAGCACAGUGAGAAGGGAGUAUAUAACUGUGCAGGAUGCAACCAGGCAUUGUACAAGUCGUCAACCAAGUUCAAUGCUCACUGUGGAUGGCCAGCGUUUUACGAAGCGAUUGAAGGAGCAGUAGUCACCAAGACUGAUAUAUCAUUUGGUAUGGAAAGAAUUGAGAUGUUAUGUUCGAAAUGUGGUGGGCAUCUUGGGCAUAUAUUCAAAGGUGAAGGAUUCAAUACGCCAACAGAUGAGCGCCAUUGUGUUAAUAGUGUUUCAUUGAAAUUUACAAGUGAUCCUACACCAAAGAAAGCAGACGAUUAA